GUACAAAUACUACAAGUUUCCAGCUUAACAUUAUACCAAUAACUUCACACACUCAAUAUGUUCUGCACCACAUACUCCUGAACAACAAGAAACACAAAAUAAGCAGCUGAUCUUAUGGCAGCACCCCCGAGUAUGUCUUCUUCUCAUCAUACUCAGUCCUUUGAUAAUUACACUGUCAUCAACAUCAAUAAUGAGACUGAAUUUCAUCCUAACAAUGUGUGGCGCGACUCUAGCUUUGAUUUUAGUAAUGAUGUCAAGAGUGUUGAUUCUGAGACAAAUGCUGCUCAGCGUGCAUCAUUGUCUGAGGUUCCUGAGAGUCCUGAUCUUUAUGGUCAGAUUUCACCUAAGGCUGAGAAGUUUUCGUUUAGUGAGAGCCUGCAGCAGAGGCGUGGAAGAAAUGGAGGAUCUGGUGGCAGCUCCAACAGGUCGGUUCCUAGAGAAUCUGAACUCAUGAGAAUGAAGACCAAGUCUAGGCUGAUUGAUCCACCGGAGCACUUUGAAGAUUUUAGGAGAAGCAUGAAGUCUGGUGGAUGUAUAGAGGAAGAAAGUGAGUAUCAUGAUGAUGAUCCUUAUGUGGAGGAAGAUUUUCCUGAAGAGUUUAAAAUGAUCAAGUUUAGUAAGUGGGCUGUCAUACAAGUUUUUUGCAUGAUUGUUAUUAUUGCUGCUUUGGUUUGUAGCCUUUUUGUGAAGUUUUCUGACAAGAACAAAUUGCUUGGAGUUGAAUUGUGGAGAUGGGGUUUACUGCUUUUGGCUUUGUUGUGUGGGAGAUUGGUUGCGGGUUGGGGGAUUCGGGUGGUUGUAUUUUUUAUUGAGCUCAACUGUAUGUUGAGAAAACGUGUUCUUUAUUUUGUUUACGGGUUAAGGAGUGCUGUUAAGAAUUGUCUCUGGUUGGCCUUGAUUUUGGUUGCUUGGAGAUUCACUUUGUAUGAGAAAGUUGAGAGUUUGGCUCAUGGUAAGGUCUUGGUUUGUGUGACUAAAACUUGGGUUUGCUUAUUGGUGGGGACUUUGAUAUGGUUUCUGAAGACUCUGAUUGUUAAGGUGCUUGCUUCUUCGUUUCAUGUCAGUACGUUUUUCAAUCGUAUUCAGGAUGCUUUGUUUGAUCAAUAUGUGAUCGAGACCCUCUCAGGGCCACCCUUAAUGGAUAUUCAUAUAGAGAUGGAAGAAGAGCAAAUCAUGGCUGAGGUUCGGCAGCUGCAGAAUGCUGGAGCUACUGUCCCUCCUGAGUUCAGGAGAACUAUUUCUUCAAGCAGCGAAAAACUGGAUAGGAGUACUAAAAGCCGGAAAAGAUUUCCAACCUUCAAAAGCUCUAGAUUUUCAACAGUGGCAACUAAGAAGGAAAAUGAGGGGAUUACUAUUGAUCACUUGCACAGGUUGAAUCAAAAGAAUAUAUCAGCGUGGAACAUGAAGAAAUUGAUGAAUAUCGUCCGUAAAGGAACUCUUUCAACUCUAGAUGAGCAAACAAGGGACUGCAUUGGUGAGCAUAAGGGUGCAGUGCAGAUCACGAGUGAAAAUCAAGCCAAACUAGCAGCCAAGAAGAUUUUCUGCAAUGUGGCUAAGCCAGGCUCAAAACACAUAUUCCAGGACGAUUUGAUGCAGUUCAUGAGAGACGACGAAGCAUUGAAGACCAUAAGUCUAUUUGAAGGGGCCAGUGGAUGGAGAGGAAUUAGCAGGAGAGAACUGAAGAAUUGGAUGGUGAAUACGUUCAGAGAGCGAAGAGCCCUGGUCUUGUCCCUGAAUGAUACUAAAAAAGCUAUAAACAAACUUCAUCAAAUGCUCAACAUAUUUGUAGGCCUAAUCAUAGCGGGUCUCUGGCUUCUCAUACUCAAAGUCGCGAGUACUCAUUUCUUUGUGCUUCUGAGCUCCCAGUUACUUUUAGUUGUCUUUGUGUUCGGAAACACGUGCAAGACCAUGUUUGAAGGGAUCAUUUUCUUGUUCGUGAUGCACCCUUUUGAUAUCGGUGAUCGUUGCGAGGUUGACGAAGUUCAGUUGGUAGUGGAGGAGAUGAAUAUAUUGACGACGACGUUUCUGAGAUACGAUAACCAGAAGAUCUGUUAUCCGAACAGCGUGUUAUCAAACAAGCCCAUCAGUAAUUACUAUCGGAGUCCAGAUAUGGGAGAUGCCAUUGAUUUCUGCAUUCACAUUUCAACUCCUGUAGAAAAGAUUGCUUUGAUGAAGGAAAAGAUCACAAGCUACAUCGAGAAGAUGAGUGAUUACUGGUAUCCAGCUCCAAUGAUCGUUCUGCGAGACAUUGAGGAUAUGAACAGGCUAAAGAUAUCGAUAUGGCUUUCACACCGGAUUAACUUUCAGGACAUGGGCGAAAGGUGGGUGAGGAGAGCGCUCCUUGUUGAAGAGAUGAUCAAAAUAUUUAAAGAGCUUGAAAUCGAAUAUCGUAUGCUGCCUAUGGACGUGAAUGUCCAGAACUUGCCAGCUAUGGCCUCAAACAGACUUCCUUCAAACUGGACAUCUUGCGCUAAUUGAUAAAUUUACCUAAAGAUCGCAGCCGACUCAGUAAAUAGUUGCCAUUAUAGUGAAGUUUUUUGGCUCUACUCCAAGAAUCCGUCGUCGUGCCACAUCCUCUCGGGUAUCUUGUAUGCUUGUAUAGCUUUUUGGCUGAAUAAGUUGUGUAAUCUUGUUGAGUUUUUUCAGUAGUAAUCUUGUUGUGUUGGAUUUA